UUGACCAUAGGACAGAGCAAAAUACGGUUGCAAGAACAGAGGAAAGCAUGUGCACCCUUUGGUUUACCCCAUGGUUUACCCCAUGUUUUACCCCAUUUUCGAAGGCUUCUGCUUUGUUUAGGAAUUUUUGUCUUUGUCGCUUCAUUUUGAACCUUAACCUGAUGCAAUGAAUUAAUUCAUUUUUCGGUUCAUUGAGCUAAAUGAUAAUCAGAAAGUAGGAAUCAUUGGUAAUUUACAUUGCCGCGUGAUUGGGACCUGUUAGGUUGAAGUAUAGAACCACCAGAUGCUCACACUAUGACGUGGAAACAAAUAUUUGUCACAGUUUCAUUGUAUAUGAUAACAAAAUGUUUUCCAAAACUUCUCGUAGCCUACAGUAGCAUACAGUAUCAAUGUAACGAUGAUAGAACGUCACAGGUAUGCGGGGGAGUAGCAAUGUUUCUCAAUGAAGGAAAUAUAGCUCAUAGAAGGCGGGGGCAAGAUCCUAAACUCGAAUAUUUCUAAGGGUUUUGCUGUUAAACACAAGCCUAUUUUUUACAGUGCGCCUGCUUGCUCCCUUAGCUUUCUCUGGAGGUUAGGUUUCGCUCGGUAACAACUUAUUCAAUUUCCAAUAACCUUAAAAGACCCAGAUACGAUGGUAUAGGUUGAGCUGAGAAUUUCUAGCCUUAAGAUUUUCUUGAAGGUUUUACCCAUUUAGAAGGAGCAAUACCGGUGGGCUUUCAGGGGCGAAGUGUCCGGAAUUGAGGAGCGCAUGUUAAGCAGCUCCAUUUUGCCGGCCGGGCGAAAAGAUCCGUUCUAUCUGGAUCAUUUAUGAGAUGAUAUUGGCCCUGCUAGAAUGGAAAAAUAUCUUACCACAACCUUUAAGGCUCUUGGCUCCUAGAAAUAUUUAUAAACCGAACGCAUUUCAUCACUUUAACCAUCAAAGUCUUUCUGUUUGCUUAUCGCAGCGCAAUUUCCAUGUGGCCUGCGUCUCAUUCGCAACGCCCAGCAAGCGUUCCCCCUUCCAGGAGCAUCGCACAGGUCAAAUUGUACUCAAUUUACAAGAAAAGCAUUGCAUUACGCCCAAUUUGCAUUUUUCAGUAUUUUUCCUCAACCAUAACCACGCAGUUUUCAGUGUCACAUGUUUAGGUAAACUUAUCGAACAGAUCCCUGUUCAGUUUUCUUAUGCCCUAAACACUUACCAAACAGGCAAUCAUUAGCAAAUUUACUCAUCAAGUGUACGUACGGACACAAGAGCCUUUCGCAUGAAACGUAAAAUAACGAUUUUCACGACAGCAGUAACAUGUGUACAAAUUACGACGAAAAAAGUGCUCGGUGGACUUGCUUCAGACCUCUUUUUUGCUUCUCGAAGAAAAAGGGGGGAUGGAAAGACAUGAAAAGAGUUCAACGGUUCAGUGACCGAAACUUCUUCGUGCGGCAUGCGGCAUCACGAAGAGCAAAAAAUGUCCUUAAGAAAGGCAGUCUUCAAACGUUUUUUUUGUAAACAACCGUAACCAUAGGCUCAUUCUAAUCAAAGAACCUAUGUAGAAGUUUCAAAUGUAGAACCACGAGAUGGUCUAUAAUUUUGUUUGAAGUUCGGCAUCAAGAUCUGCACAUGUGCUCAUAAAGCAUGUCAAUUACAUGCACGUAGGUGUUGCGGGGAUAUUUCUGUCACGAUUUUUGUGCCUCUCUUUAUGGCUCUGCAUUUGGCUGUUUUGCGAUCUUAAAAAGGCACUAAAAGUGGAAUGUUUACAGUAGUAGAUUUGUUUAUAUAAAAACGAAUAGUGGCAAGCAUGCUUAUUGUCAAAGUCGAUCGACAUUGAGCGUUUCAAAGGCAUCUUGCUAUGGUAUAUUGGUUUAAACUGCCUUCUUCGUAUAGGAAAUACCACUAAGCCUAGAACUGUGAGUUGGGAGCUCUAUUGCCAGAAGAGGUGCAUUUUCACGUAGUGUUAGUAAACUAGAGCUGGAAUAAGCUAGCGUAUACAGAAAAGACAACUCGUGUGAACCUGUUACGUGUAUUCUGUUCAAGGUCACAAAAUCACUGUUGCCCUGUUGCUCAAGCGGAUCAACGGGUACCUACCUUCAUUGAUCUUUCGAACAAUAUCGCCGUAUAAAUGAGUUCUAGUCAGGCCAAUUAUCUUGCCUUAAACCUAUCAGUAGAUGGUAUAGACCAGUAGCAAACAGUUUGUCAUUAAUUGAGAGAGCAAUUAAUGCGGGACUGAUUUAUCGCAUAUUCUCCUUUAAUUGGUCACUUGGAAUUUCUCAAAAAUUAGCAAUGUCAAAUGAGGUAGAAGGUUUAUGGGCCGGUGAAAUUGAAAAAAGUUUCCAGGAAGCUUUAGCACUAUAUCCACCUUGCGGAAGGCAAAAGAUCAUGUUGUCGGCAAGAGACAAGAUGUAUGGGAGAAAUGAACUAAUAGCUCGAUACAUCUAUCUGAAGACCGGGAAAAUUCGGACUCGAAAACAAGUGGCUAGCCACAUUCAAGUGUUAGCAAGGAAGAAGGUUCGCCAGAUGCAAACUAAAGUGAAAGCGAAGAGCAAUGAUGAUCAAAGUCUGCACGAAAUUUUGAAUCUUUCUUCUGCAGAGAUAUUGUCUUCCAAUCAAGGAAAACGAGAAUUAAACCAAGCAACGCUAGUUCCUGCCAAGCACUUCACUGUCACGUCAACAGCACCGGUUCUUCACUAUCCUUCCGAUGUGAGAGUUAAACCCAGCAGCCCCGACGACGAGAAUCGAGAUCGAGAUCGGAAUCUUUGUAUUGAACGGGAUUUGUCGGACAUAUUUCCACCUGAUUUAACCGAAGGGUACAACAAGGCCACUUCGUUUUAUAAGGAUAACGAAACUGGGUUCAAAUCAGAGCCUUCAGACGUUAACGACGAAUUGCCCCCAUUAUCUGCUGCUUACCAUGGUUUAAGUGAACAACUUCUUUGGGAGUACCCCCAUAAUUGUGAUGUCUCCCCAUCAGCCAGUCUGUAUACUCAUGACAUGGGGCAACAAGAGGGGCAGAGGACGUGGCGGCGAGACGGGAGACAUGGGGGUCUGAAAAGCUGUUCGAGAACAUCAAUUGCCAGCAGUGUGAAAUCAGAGGAGCAGCAGAAUUCGACAGAUCGAGUGUCGUCAGCAUGUAUGUUUGAAAGUUUAAUAGAUUUUGAGCCAUUUAGAGGUGAGUUCAAUAACCAUAGCUUCUAGCGUAUUGUAUAAUGAAUUCUAGGUAUUUUCAAUUUUCAAGAUAUGAUCCGCAUAGGAGACGAAAGUUCGUGUAUGUAUAAAUAUACAUGUUUGUAUAUAUGCACAAUAAAUAUAUAUGUAAAUACUCAAUAAAACAACUUGGUUUCUGAAGAAUUCUGAAGAAGUUUACAGCGAAACGUCAAUCAAGUUGUUUUUUAUUGAGUAUCUAUUUAUGAUUCUAAAAAACUUAAGAGUUAGGAGCUAUUGAUUAUAUAAAUAAUAAUCACUCCAACUGUGGUACGUUUUUAGGCCGAUAACAUUUUCAUGUGGCUAGGAAUAAAAUAGAAGAUAAUUAUCGAUGAAAUUUUUUAUCGUUAAAAGGUAUUAAGCUAUCAGAGAAAGUUGUGUUUGGUUUGACAAAGAACUCAAAGUAAAGAACGCACAGUCAGGUUUGAUGAAGACUAAUUAGAACGUUAAGAGAAGUUAAAGACCGUGAAUAUAGCAGGUUUACCGCUAGUAAGAUUUUGCAACCUAACAAAAUGCCGGUUUUCUGUAUUCUGCAUUAGGGAAACAUCCUUUCAUAUGAUACUAGAAAAAGAACUGUGCGUUAAACCUCCAACGUAGUAAUUGCGUUGAGUGGAAGGUGAACACCAAGAUGAAACGGGGCGUUAUUUAGACUUGUCGGUAAACAUCUAGAAUUUGCAAAAGUGGAUAUCGUAAACUUUGUAAUGAAAUGUUUUUUAGCAGCAGGUCUAGAUUCCGGGUCUAAAUUAAACCACCAGAGAAGGUUACUUAUUUAAUAAUUUAAACUAAACCAGCAUUAGAUUGUUCGGGAAAAGGAACCGCCCUGAAUUGCAUAAUCAUUCGUAAAGUAUAGAACGAUGAAAUGAAAAUUAACGGACUGUUUUGAAACCGUAUAGAAAUCACCGAGAAUGUGAUCUGAUUUUGAAAUUGACUAGACGGACAAAACAUUCGGCUUCCUUAACGGGAUCUAUAGUCUUACUGUAUAUAUUUUCACCGCUUGUAUAGUUAUGCGUUUAAUGUUGAUUUGAAAUUUAUUAUGUAACAAAGCUAGUAUAUCAAUUUUUAAUGCUUUGUGUAUUCCUAAUUUCCUACUAAGACGGGAUUAACGUGUUUUUUUUGCUAUCGAGAAAGGCCCUUUAUUUAAAUAAGGGUCGUAGCUUUGAUGAAAGGACUACCCCGACCAAAUCGCAUACGUUGUUGCACCACAAAUAUAACAAGAACAAAAAUCUUUUACACCGUAAAUCCUCAAAUAUCUUCCCCUUCAUUUAAGCUUCCCCUUUCUCGGAUUAAAUUCCCCCCCCCCCAUUCUUGAAGUAAAAUAGUUAACAAACCUCUAUCCUCAAAGAGACCCGUAUCAUAACAUAUAAAAUUUUACAAUACAGGAUUUUUGCCUGUGAUGAAUAACAUGAAUAACGAAAUUUACCAAUGAUUUUGCUUUCAGCAUCAAUGUAAAAAUGUUUCCUCUCUAAAUGUGAGCUAUUUGUAUGGCACCCUUUAGAUAGUUAUUGUAGACCACCCUCCCUUAAAAACAUCUAACUAUUAAAGGGGCUAAUUAAAAGAUUUUCGAUAAAUACAUCACUCCCUACACCAACAACAUCUUCAUGUGCUGAGAACGUAAAAUUAGAGGUCUGUCUACCCGAACACUUCUACAAAUGACAACGCAACAGAUACCUAGAAACGUCCGUAGUGAAUUCUUUUGGACACGCAAAAAAUGUGGGUGCUGGACGUUUGAUUUGGUUUCAUUGAUUUUGUAGGCGUGGACUAAAUAAGAAUUUCCAGCAACCGUGAGUCAUAGGUCUACAGGCUUUGUCUUGGUUUUCGUUGUAUAGGCUACCUGCAGGAUAUGGCGUGUUAAGAUAAACAUCUUUGAGACGUAAAUUUCACGUAAAUAUCGCAAUAAACAUAACGCAGUUUACCCGACAGAAAGGCAAUUUUUCCUCUUAAUUCAAGAGUGAAUUAAUUCUUAACUUAAGAGUGCCUUGUUGUUGUUUUUUUUUCAUUUUACUUAUUGUGUAGUUAUAACCAUUCGAUAACAUAUAUAAAAUGAUUAUUAAGAAUUAUAAUUUUUGGUCAACGAUGCUGGUCUUUCGUGGCCUUGUAUAUUUGAUUUGAAUAUAUCAAGCUUUAUUAUUGAAUAUAUCAAGCUUUAUUUACUAGAUAUAUCUGUAAAGUUAAAUGAUAAAUAGCAUGAAUAAAUAUAAAUAUUUGAAUUCUCUGUAACUCUGUUUGCUAUUUAAUCUUUGUUUUCGAAUCCAAAAUGAAACGGAUAAACAUUGACAAAUGUGUUUCUCUUCUAAUCGUUUGCUACAAAUUUCUUGCUCGUUUUGACCAAAAGGAGCAGUUUCGACCCGCUCUAAA